CAAUGGCUGGCAUGCCAAAUCAAAACAGCUUGGGUUAUUGAAUUUGAGUUAGAGAUAUAUUGGGCUUUUACAAUAUUUAUGAGUAUAUAAACACUUCCUGUGUUUUGUUAUUAAUAUAAGAGUAAAUGGUGUAGUAGAUCGAACAGUUUCUAGGACAGUGAUAUAUACAAAGCUGUAAUGGCGCAACGCUUCCCUACAAAUGCUCCAAACACCGCACCACCGCCGGGAGCGCUUCAGCAGCAGCAGCGGUACCCCGUGCCUGCCCAGCCGCCCGGCUCCCCCAUGCCCCCCAGACCUUACCCUGGACCUAACUUUCCUGCUCGCAGCGGAUUCACGCCUCCGCCCGCCGGCGGCGCGGGCGCGGGACGCGGCGCGGGCGCGGGCGCGGGCGCGCCCUACGGGCCCGGCGUGGGCGUGGGCGUGGGCUCGCGUCCGCCGCCGCCUCCGCCGCAGGCCGCCAAACGCGCCGCCGACGCACGGAGCCCCAUGCCACCUCAGCACAAGCCCGCUAUGUACAAUCCCGAGGCGUACGGCGGCGCGGGCGGCAAGCGCAAGAAGCGGCUGGCGGACAAGAUCCUGCCGCAGAAGGUGCGCGACCUGGUGCCGGAGUCGCAGGCCUACAUGGACCUGCUGGCCUUCGAGCGCAAGCUGGACGCCACCAUCAUGCGCAAGCGCCUCGACAUCCAGGAGGCGCUCAAGCGGCCCAUGAAGCAGAAGCGGAAGCUGAGGAUAUUCAUCUCCAAUACUUUUUAUCCGGGACAAGGGGAUAACGCAGUUGCGUCAUGGGAAUUGCGUGUCGAAGGUCGUUUGCUGGAUGACUCUAAAAACGACCCAAACAAAGUUCCGGUUCCUUUGGUUAAACGCAAGUUCUCGUCGUUCUUCAAGUCGCUCGUGAUCGAGCUGGACAAGGAGCUCUACGGGCCCGACAACCACCUGGUCGAGUGGCACCGCACGUUGACCACACAAGAGACGGAUGGGUUUCAGGUGAAGCGGCCCGGGUACAAGAACGUGCGCUGCACCAUCCUGCUGCUGCUGGACUACCAGCCCAUGCAGUACAAGCUGGACCAGCGCCUGGCGCGCCUGCUGGGCGUGCACACGCAGACGCGGCCCGUCAUCGUCAACGCGCUGUGGCAGUACGUCAAGACGCACCGCCUGCAGGACCCGCACGAGCGCGAGUACAUCGUGUGCGACAAGUACCUGGAGCAGAUCUUCGGCGCCUCGCGCAUGAAGCUGGCCGAGGUGCCCGGCCGCCUCAGCGCGCUGCUGCACGCGCCAGACCCCAUCGUCAUCAACCACGUCAUCGCCGUCGAGCCGCCGCACGACACCAAGCAGACCGCCUGCUACGACAUCGACGUCGAGGUGGAUGACACACUCAAGACCCAGAUGAACAACUUCUUAUUGAGUACGGCGAAUCAACAAGAGAUUCAAGGCUUGGAUUCUAAAAUACAUGAGACUGUGGACACGAUCAACCAGCUGAAGACGAACCGCGAGUUCUUCCUGAGCUUCAGCAAGGACCCGCAGCAGUUCAUCCAGAAGUGGCUCGUCAGCCAGUCGCGCGACCUCAAGACGAUGAACGGCUCGGCCGGCAACCCCGAGGAGGAGCGCGUGCACGCCUUCUACGCGCAGCCCUGGGCCGGCGAGGGCGUCGCGCGCUACCUGCACGCGCGGGUCGCCGCGCGCCGCCGCGACCUCGACGCCCAGCUGCACGCGCCGCACGCGCCCCACCUCGCGCGCCUCUAGGGGGCCUGCACGUGCGGGGCGCGCCUCUAGGGACCUGCACGCGCGGGGCCCGCCACCUCGACGCGCCGCACGCGCCCCGCCUCGCGCGCCUCUAGGGGCCCUGCACGCGCGGGGCCCGCCACCUCGACGCGCCGCACGCGCCCCGCCUCGUGCGCCUCUAGGGGCCCUGCACGCGCGGGGCCCGCCACCUCGACGCGCCGCACGCGCCCCGCCUCGCGCGCCUCUAGGGACCUGCACGCGCGGGGCCCUGCACAUCUCGCCCCUGCCCUGUAGCCCACAGUGAUCAAUAAAAGUCGUUUGCACCCGUA